UUUCUAUAUCAUUGUAUUUGUUGGAACUGAUUUAAAAAAAAAAAAGCCUCUGGUGUAUUGGUUAUAACAAUUGAAAUAAUCUAUCAAUAACCAAAGUCAUUAUCCAAAACAUAUAUUAAAAAAUUUAGUAAUAUUAUUAUUAAAACAACAAAUAAAUGGUUAGUUUAUUAAGAAAUGUGCCUUUUGGAAGGCUGUCAGUUUUUGGUUUGUUUACAACCUCUAGUGAUGAAGUCAAAACUCCAGGUUAUGAAGACUUGAUACCUGAAAAACCAACUGGAUGGGCAGGAAUACGUAGCUUAUUUACCUUUAAUGAAUAUGGAGAGUUACGUCCUGAAUUGGCAACAGCAACACAAAUGAGUACCUUGUGUAUAUUGGGAGGCAUGAUGUUUGGUGGAUUUCUACAUGCUCGAGUUGCCUGGAUAGAUUUUAUGGAAAAUAAUCAUGCGACAAUGUUUGCAAAUCAUAUAGAUGCUAAAAAAAAAUUACAGGAUGUUGUUACAUUUAAUAUGGGCAAAGGAGCUGUCAAAUGGGGCACAAAAAUUGGAGGAUUUUGUACAUUAUGCAUAUUUACAAACCAAUUCAUUGCUGCAUACCGUGGCAAACCAGGAAUAAUUGAAUAUAUUGGUGCAGGUGCACUGUCUGGAGGAUUGUACAAAUUAAAUAUGGGAGUCAGAGGAUUGGCAGUAGGUACAAUUGUUGGUGCUGCUUGUGGUACAGUUGCUGGUGCUACAUCAAUAGCUCUAUUAAAACUUACUGGCUACACAAUGGAAGACAUACAACAGACACAAUAUGAAAUUAAAAAUUUACGUGAUGAACGAGUUCGUGCAGCACAUAAAAAUAUGUUGAAGGAAGAAGUCCAAACAUUAAGAUCAGAAAGUGUUGAUCUCAGAGAAUCACGAAAAAAGGAUGGAUCAUUAGAUAAUAUAGAUACAGUAAAUAAAAAAUAAAGUAAUCCAAUUUAUUUCAGUGAUGAAUGAUUAACAUAUUGUAUAUACUCGUUUCAAUAAAAACUCUUGUUUAAACAAUAAUUUUAAUUGAGGCAAUUUGUUUUUUUUUUCUUUUAUUUUUAAAAUUAUAUAAUAUAUUAUUGAGAGCAUUUUAAUAGGCCUUCAAGUAUUCAACUUCAAAAAAUUUCAUGAUAAAUUUUAUAAAUAAAAAUAGUAUUAUAUAUUGAACAUCACUUACAGAAUAGGCCUGAUAAUGAAUAACUUUUUUUUUUCUUUCUUUUACUACAAUUAUUUCUUCACUAUGAUCAAGAAUGAUUGACAUAUAAUUAAAACAAAACGAAACAAAAAGAAAUCUAUAAAUUGAUAUAAUAUUGUAAAGUAAUAAUUUGUCUUGUAACAUUGAUUUAAAUUGAUUAAAUUAAAUUUUAUGUAUUUUAAAAUUAUAAUAGUUAUAUAACUAAGACUGCUUAUUGUCUAAAUCUUGAACCUUGGUUAAGCGUUUUGCACCUCUUCCUGGUGGACCUUUUGGCUUGGCAAAUUUAGGUCGAUGUAAAUUAACUUUUGGAUGUAAUUCUUCUUGAAAAUAUUCUUCUGUGAGUUCAUUUCCAUCAUCUAUCUCAAGCUAUAUAUUAAAAAAUUAAUAUUAUGACUAAAAUUAUUCAAUUGUCGAUAAACAAAAAAAAAUUAAUCAAUGAAAAACGUCAGCGAAACAAACAAGGAAAAUUCAGGCCUAUUCUGUAAGUGUCAAUAAAACAAUUACGUACAUACCACCGUCGUAUAAUUAUCACCAUCAAAGCCUAGAAAUUUUUAUCAAUUCAUCACUAAGAAAUUAUAAACAUUGUCAAUGUCAAAGAAAUAAUAAUAGACCUUUAUAAAAUUUAAUUUCAUCAUUAUUAUUUAUUAUACAGAAAAGCCAAACACAUAUUAUUGUUAUUUUGUUGGCAAGAAUUACAUUGAUUGUUCAAUUUUUUUUAUUUUUAUUCAUUCACAAUGAGUCAGUCUCCAUUGAAUUAACAGACAUUAAAUUGGUUCACAUAAAAUAAUGAAUUUAAUUUUUUUAAUUAUUUUUUUUUUUUCUAGUGAUAUAAUUGUUAAUUCGAUGAUGAAUAUGAUAAUUAAAAUAUAAUUUUAAAAAAACUUACAGAAUAGGCUGUGAAUCAUAUUACAAUGCACCAUCAGUUGUUGUGCGUUAAAAUUAUUAAUGAAAUCAUUUUAGAACAUUAAAAAUUAAUGAUUAAUCACCAAUGAUAUAUUUGUUGGUUUGGCAACAUAAUUUGAAUAUUUAAAAUAUCUUGAUUAAUGAAUAAUAUAUUAUUAAAUUGAUUUUAAUUAUUAAUAAUUGUGUAUUUAGAAUUAUUUCUACUUUUGUUUUUGAUUAAAUUUCUUAUUUAUAUUUUUAUCUAAAAGAUUUAUGUGGUUUAGAAAAAUACACGUCACGAAAAAUUAUUAAAUAUCAUUUUUAGACAUUAUUGUUAUUUUAAUUAAUUUCUAUUUAUUAUUGUUUGUUGUUUCUUUUCAAUUUUUUUAGGCAAAAUAAAUUUCAACUGAUUCAUUAUUAUUCAAAACUAAUAUUAAAGUAUUAUUUAAAUAUAAUUUGUCACAAAUCGCUUUUGUUAUUAGCUCGAUAAAUAUUUAUUAUCCGGUAUAUCACUUGACUUUAACUUUUUUAAAUUUAAAUUACUGUUAUUUAAUUUAUAAAUUAUAUUCAAUAAAUUUUAUCAAGUCGGCAAUUUAAUUUUUGAAGUAUGUUCUGAAUUAAAACUGGUAAAAAUUAUUUAAAAAGAUAGACGUCAUUUAGUCCUAGAGUAUUAUUUAAUUUUGUUUUUUGUUAAAAAAAUAAAAUUAGUAUUAAAUUAAUAUGUGCGUUAGUAUUAAUAAUUUUAAAAUAUUUAAAAUAAAAUUUAUUAUGAGCUUCAAAAUAAUGGAAUUUGUUGAAAUUUAUUAAAUAAUAAUUUACUAAUGCAUACUAAAUUAUUAUUCAAAUAUUUUUAAUAAUAAUAAUGAAGUUAGGCAAACGGCGAUAACUAACUAGAGCCUAUGGAAUUUUUUCCCUAACUUCCUAAUAAUCACAUGUUGCAAUAGUUUCAUAACUGCUCAAUCUUUAUUUUUACGUUUACUAAAAUUGAUUUUUAAAAAAAAUCAAAGUCAUUGCCUGAAUUAAAUUGAAAGGACAAGUCUUAGAUUUUAUACUAAAACGACAAUAAAAAUAUGUUUACGUAUCACUUGAACAUAAGACUAGGAACUAAUUUCAUAAUGUAAACUUAUUCAUUAGAUUGUUUCCGUUUAUUUUUUCAUUUUUUUAAAAUCAAUUAUAUUUUAAUAUUAAUAAUAAUUCAGGCUUUAUUUCAAAUUUAAUUAAAAAGAAAAAAACAGAUCAAAACCAGUUGAUCUUUUCUCAGAUCAAUUUCGAUAAUCUUGUCAUUAUUAAAAUUUUAAUAUUUUUCAACAAAUGAAAUAAUUUUUUUUUUUCUUUAAUAUCGCAUGCUUAUCUUAACGAAUUUCAUCAUUAAUAUGAUUUUUUAGAUAUUUAUUUGAAUUAAAUUAAUUACGUAGACAGAAUUGAGUUUUUUUUUUUUUUUUUUUGUCGUGCAGCAAAAAUUCUUUAAAUGCAGUUGCAAAAAUUAUUAUUAAAUUAUAUGAUUAAUCUCAAAUUAGACCUUGUCAACGAAUAUCUUCAUAUUCAUAGAAUGUGAGUAACUAGAUUAAACCACUAUUUUAUGGAAUAUAUAUUAAUUACCACAGGCAAUGUCACAGUAUUAUUAUUAUUCAUUAUCUAAGUAUAGUAUACUGAAGCUAAUUCCAAAAUACAAUACAUCAUCUGUACGAUGCAUUUUUUUUUCUUUUCGACAAAAUUUAGAAAAAAUAUACUUUUUGUAUAUCUUCUUUAAAUCCAAACAUAUAUAUUUAUAUAUCACGUUUCAGACAACUAGCGAUCUAAUGAUUUUUGAUAAAAUCCUCUUUGUUUAACAUUCACAUUGCGAAAAAAUAGUCAUUGAAAAAUAUUACAUUUGGACGUUUUAAAAUCAAUAAAUCUCUGGCUCUAUUGAACUAUCGUGUCAUUUACUUUAUCAUAAAACUCGAAGAUUUUUUUCUUAAUAAAAUUUGGUCAAGUAAUAAAAAACAGAAAAAAAAAAAAAAAAAA